AUGUCAUCACCACCUUCACCCAUCUCAAAACCUCAUUUAGGUCCUUCAGCACCAGAAGAUCAACCGGCAACAACCUUAUCCACUUCACAAGAACAAGAAAAACAAAACGGUUUUAGUCCUUUAGAAGUAUACGAAAGUAGACAUACGAUAAAUAAAUCAAUGCCAGAAAGUCAAGUUACAAAUAAUACAAAUCCAGCUAAAUUGGUAGCUGCAAGUGAAAUAAAACCAGAACAAGGUAAAAUGAAAAUGGAAAAAUUCAAAUAUUCAUUCUUCGCACCUGAAAUGACCCCACUGAGAGGUGUAGCGAUGAAGAUAUUAGGCGGAACACUGUUCAUCACUAUUAUAGUCAUGUGGUUGACACUACCUUUUUACUGGGGUUCACUAUGGAAAGCAAAUCACUACACCGACAAGUUGACUGUCAGAGUUAUCGAUCAAGAUGGAGGUGCAAUUGGUUCUACCGUUUCUCAAUUUUUGUUGGCUCAGAAAAACCUACGAUAUUUCGUUACUUCACCUUCGGAAUUUCCUACUGUGACAUCUCUCGAGGAUGAUAUAGUCAAUGAAGGAGCAUGGGCGGCUAUCGUGAUUGAAGCAGGAGCUUCAACCGCUUUGGCUCAAGCUAGAUCUAUCGGUGAUUCAACUUAUAACCCUUCGUCGGCCAUUGGAGUAUACUAUUCUCAAGCCAGAUCCGAAACUGCUGUAGGCAGUUAUCUCCUUCCAUAUAUGCAACAAGCUCUAGGUCAAAUCUUAAAUCAAUACAAUGCUCAAUCUGCUUCUCAAUACUUACAAGCGAAUGCGAAUAACGUCACUGCCAUUAACGCAAUUGCAUCAGCACCAACCACAAUCUCAAACUCAGUUUGGUAUACUCUCAAUAACCUAAGACCGUAUGAUCAACCCGUCGCUCAAGCGAUCACAUUAGUCGGAUUAAUUUACAUGUUGAUUUUCUCCUUCGUCAUAACCAUGUCAAACAACGCUGUUAGAGAAAUCAUCGCACCAUUCUUAACGACCAAGGCAUAUUUGGUUUACAGAAUCGUGGUUCCACUCCUCAUGUAUUUCGUAAUUUCCUUCUUCUUCGCCAUGGUAAAUUUACCAUUCAAGAUUCACUUCGGUGCUCAUUAUACCUAUGCUGGUGGAUUCUUCCUUUGGUGGUUCACUCUUUUCUUAGGAAUGGGAUCUGUUGGAUUAUCUACGGAAUUCAUGAUCACUGUAUUAGGGCCAAGAUUUAUCGCUUUCUUCUUAUUCCCUUUGAUUAUCUCAAAUGUCUCAGUCGUAUCUUUACCACAUGAACUCCAACCUUGGAUCUACAAAUAUGGAGCUGCUAUGCCCUUCUACAACGCCUCAAGAGUAGUUCGAACCAUCAUUUUCAACACAAGGAAUGAAAUCGCUCAAAACCUCGGCAUCUUACUCGCUUGGGUAGUCGUCAAUAUCCUCACUAUUACAGUCGCUACUUGGUUAUUCAGAAGAAAGAGCGUUAACCAACAUAACAAGGAAGUAGGAGAAAAUGAGAUGGAUAACGUGGAGCGAGUCAGUUGA